AUUUAAGAGACACACAUGGGUACUGUGAAUAUGCUAUGGAUUCAGGUCAGGUCGUGUUAAAAUGGCGGGAUUUGUGACGCAACAGGUUAUUGUGAGCAGCACCUCACCAGGGGUGUCAGAAUCGAGUAACUCGUCUUACGAUGACAACCCGACAGUUGACGGACAAGGCUCGGAUACAGGCCGAAUAGAGCAACGGCUCUACAUCAUCAACAGGACGGGGACGGGGGAGGUGCACUACUUACUUCUGACACCAGACCGCACGCGGAUGAAAUCGUAUAAAAUCCAUUCAACGGUCUGGGAACGUCUGUUGAACUUGACGCACUUUGGAGUUGUCGUGUUGAAAAACAACCUCUACGUACUUGGAGGGUUCGAUAAGAGCAAAGCCAAGCACCUUCGCACAGUUUUAAAAUAUGACCCUGUGACUGGUUUAUGGACUGAAGUGUGUCCGAUGAUGCUGGCACGCGCCAAGUUCGGCGUCUGCGCGACAGACGACAAGAUAUACGUGUCCGGCGGGGAGAAGGGCGACGGGCGCGUGACGGCGCGCUGCGAGGUGUAUGACGUCACCACCGACACGUGGUCCAAGGCCGGCAUGUUGGUGGAUGGUCGGGCCAACCACGCCGCCGUCGUCUACAACAACGAGUUGAUGUGUGCUGGGGGAUAUAAUGGAGACAGGAGUCACAAUAAUAUCUGGGUGUUUGAACACCACAAGUGGUGUCAGCUGGACGAAGAUUACCCCCACCACCUCCCCUGUUCCAUGGACAGGUUCGCCGUCGCUAUUCUGGACAAUGUGUUGUACUUCAUUGGAGGAGUUCAAUCAAAAGUGACGUAUCCCAGUGAGAAGCCAUCGUUCACGACUCGGAGAAAAGUGUUUUCGUUUUGUACUCGUGUUUCCGCCUUUUUGGAGAGCACCGUCAAAGACUUGGUUACUCCGUGGAACUUCAAACUACCGCCCAUGAUCUACGCACGACACAGUGCCGGGGUUGUAGUUUUAGGAAAGCGAAUACAUGUGAUUGGUGGACAAUCAUUAGAAACUGGUCAGUCAGUAAAUGCAUCUGAAUUCUUUGACUCUGAAACAGGAGAGUGGGAGGAAGACUUCCGGUUUAGAAAAGAUGUUUCAAAUGUUUUUUGUGCCAUUUUGGAAGUGCCAAUUAUACCCGUAGAAGAAAGAAGAGACGUUUACAGAUUAAAAUGGGUUCUUUGGUAGAGUGUAAACAUUGUGCACAUCUGCUCAAAUCUUGACACCGAAAGCAAAGAUUUUUAACUUACGUGGUAAAGAAUGGAAUGCCAAAAGUAUAUUGAAUAAAUGAUGUG